GCCAAGCCUUAGCCAAAGGACCCCUUCCAAGUGGCCGCCUCGCAAUGGCCAGCAGCCCUUCUUCAGGAUGAUGUGGCUCCCAAUUGCAGUUCCCCAGUGAGGGCGGAGCUCCUUUGGCAUACGUUGAUCGCCACGUCCCUUCAUGAGCUGUCUUCUCUGCAGUGGAACUGUGGAAGGAAGCUCAAAAGCACUGCACCAAAAGCUCUUGUAAUCCUUGCCGAUUCCUCAUUCACAGACACCAAGUUGCUUACACACCUCUCACCGGCAACAAUCUUCGAAAAAGCUAGCUUGAUCACCUUCCUUCACCGUUAGAAACCGCCCGUAGAAAGCUAAGAUCAGCGAAAAUGGCUUCCAGCAUGAUGACCAGGGCCGUCUCCAGCGGCGCGGCGUUCGCCGCCGCGCCCAUGGAUCGCAUGACGAGGCAAAGCAUGACCGCACGGCCGGCAUUCAUGGGGUCUGCCAUCAGGGCUGUUAGGCCGGCAGUUAUGUCCCGGUCAAGCCGCGGCCUGUCUGUGCGCGCGGACGCCAAGGUGCAGCCCACAGAGAGGACUGGCGAGGCGGACCAGGGCAGCGUGCGGAGCGGUGUGAGUGGCAAUGAGGCGCCCAGGGGACACAUGACCACAAACGCCCCUCUUGGCCAGGGCAAGGGCCCUGUGGGUGAGAGGAUCGCUUACCUGUGCAACUCCUGCGGAUAUGUGUAUGACCAGGAGACGCCCUGGGAGGAUGUUGCUGACGACUAUCAGUGCCCAGUUUGCUCAGCGCCCAAGGAGUCCUUCACCGUCCAAAACGCAACAGUCGGAGAGAUGGAGCAGCUCGACGAUGAGAAAGCGUAGGUCUAAUGAAGGACUGAUAGCGUAAUUGAUUUUGUGUCGUGUUGAGGAAAUUGUUAGCGUUGCCAAAUAUUGAUUGUGACCUCGAUCAGGAACAUUUUGUUGUGGAAGCUGACGGUGUGACGGUUGUGCCGAAAGGCGGAAAACAUUGUACAGCGUUGUAAUCUAUAGACCUAGUGUGUGCUCUUUUGAAAGGGAUAGCUAGGUUUAGUAAGCCUCGUGCACAGUGACGAGUUUGUCAAACAAGCAAACUGGACGCAACGAAGGAUGGGAACUAAGCAACAUCCAAACUGAAGAGAAGGUUUUUAACGGAAAAUUGUGACUCGCGAAUCUGCAACUUACACACGUAACGCUGCCAGAAGGAUCAAUUGGUGUGUGCACACUGUGCGAGAAGGAAACAGUUCUGUCAACUCGUGUUGCAAGAUAUGUUUGUGUGUGGAAUGACAAGUACAAACCAUCGAAAAUGGGAAAAACAAA